AUGCGUAUGCAGUCUCUUCAAUAUCGGAACACUGGUUGCGGCGAACUUCACUCGCUAUGGCGGAUUGUUUAUCAUAAAUUGAUGCUAACCAGUAAAGUUGAUUUUUUGCACGGCUAAUUGGCAAGGAAAUACGUGUCAAUUAAUUGAUCAAUUAACAACCGAGGGUCAGUUUUACUGACAAUGGUUCUCACAAAGGAAUAUCGCAUUUGCAUGCCGCUUAGUACGGAAGAGUAUCGCAUUGGCCAGUUAUAUAUGAUUGCCAGACAUAGUCAUGAGCAAUCUGAUUCUGAUGAGGGAGUAGAAGUUAUAGAAAAUACCGUUUGUGAAGAUCCUGUUCAUGGAAAAGGCCAGUAUACUGAGAAAAGAAUUCAUCUUUCCAGUAAACUUCCUUACUGGAUACAAUCUAUCCUACCACGAAUAUUUUAUGUGACAGAAAAAGCAUGGAACUAUUAUCCUUUUACUAUCACAGAAUAUACUUGUUCUUUUAUCCCAAAGUUCCAUGUAGCAAUUAAUACACGGUAUGAAGAUAACAAUGGCUCAACAGAAAAUUGCUUAGGAUUGUCUCCAAUUGAAUUGAUUCAUAGAGAAGUCGAUUUUGUGGAUAUUGCAUAUGAUGAAAUCUCUGCAAAGCAUUACAAAGAAGAGGAAGAUCCAAAAUUUUUCCAAUCAAAACGAACGGGCCGUGGUCCUUUGGUCGAAGGCUGGAGAGACAUGACACAACCAAUAAUGUGUUCCUAUAAAUUGGUUCAUGCUUCGUUUGAAGUAUGGGGCAUGCAGACGCGAGUAGAGGAUUUCAUACACAAAUGUAUCAGAGAUAUCCUACUGCUUGGCCAUAGACAGGCCUUUGCCUGGAUUGAUGAGUGGUACGAUAUGACUCUGGAAAGUGUUCGACAGUACGAACAAAAAAUGCAAGACGAAACGAACGAAAAGGUUAGACUGAGAAAUCAACUUGCUGAGAAACAGCUUUCUGCGGCGGGUACACCAUCCUCGUCUAUACCAACCACACCGACGGCGAAGUCGCCUACGCAAUCCUCAAAUCGAUCAUGGCUUUAUUGGUCAUAGCCAUUAUUAGCCUAAUAAUUGAUCUCAGGCUCUAUGACAGCUCUUCGUCGUGGCUAAAAUUGCGAAUAAAAGGAACGAGUGGCAUUCUUUAUUUCCCACGCGCGUACAUGCACAUAUUAGAUGUCCUAGAGGAUGUGCGAAUCGAUAACGAAUAUAUUUUUUAAGUAGAUUUGGAAUCAAUUAAUUCUCACUUGUUAGUUAAUUAAUAUAAUUACAUUAACCAACAUGUUAGUUUAAUCACAUUAGACCAACUUGUUAAUCAGUUUAAUCAGUGAUUUUAUUACAAAGUUACUUAAGACGUAAAACUUCGUAAACAGAAUAUAAAUUGCUAAUAAAUUUUUUUCUUUUCAUUACUAAUUUAUAAAAAAUAAGAAAAAAGAUAAAAAGAACGGGUCCAACAUUAAAAAAAGUUAGGAUUCAUGGAAAAUUUGAAAAGAUCAUUAAUAAUUUUAAUUUCUAAUGAAACUCAUGAAACUUAGCAUCAAGUUUAAUGAACAAUAUUUUGUGUAUUAAUCAUCUAUUUAUUUUGGAGCAUCCCAUAUACAUAUGUGUAGUACUCUAAACUUAGACUUAUCGUGAAAGAAUUUUACUUCUUGUCUCGAUGUAUCAUAGAAGAGUGCACUCGAAAAUGUGCGAUAUGCGACUAAGUAAUACAGUUAAAUUUCAAGAGCGCGUGCAAUAAAUAAGAAAAACUAGUCUAAACCGUUAUGAUAACAAUACAAAUACAAAUAAAAAAUAAGUUUUAAAAUACAUAUGCGUUUUAUGAGAAUGAUUUAAUUAAAUCUUGAAAUUUAACCAUACAUUUGUCACAUCUUGUACAUGUAAAUAAAUUUCACUUACAAAUAAAUUCACUUUUUGAUAGUGAAUUAGCAUUAAAUGUCUAUUUUUAUUAUUCAACGUUAUAUUCUAUAGUAUAAUUAAUGCGUAUUAAAUUUUUAUUUUCGUUUCAAUGUAUAAAAGCACUUGAAAAUAUAUGUAUUUGCAAAUAACUCCUAUUUAUGCAAAGGGAUAUCUCUAUUGUAAUUCUGACAUGACCAUUAAUAUUAAAUUAAUUAUCAUUAGUUUUCACUGACAUUUUGCAUGCAGAUACAUCUCAAUUAAAACAUAAAUCAAUCAGUCAAUCUACAUGAACGUUAUUGCAAUAUAUAAAUACAAUGAUUUACACCAAAAAUUUAUACAUUUGCUCAAUAAUUGAUAUCUAAUUAGAAUUAAUAAGUGCCGGAUGUAAUCUGCUAACCGAUGUUGGAUGUUGCAACGGUGUAAUAAGAAUACGUGCCAUUUCGCCAACGUGGCCUGUCAACGGAAUUGACGUCAUUGAAUUAUUAAUUUGCCGCAAAGUUUAGUAACAAUAAUUAGGUUGAAGUAAUAUAAUCGGUUAUAUUUAGUUAAUUUAUAUUAAUCAUAUUAAUAAAAUUAUACCUAAAUUA